AAAACACCAUCUAAAGCAUGUCAUGAGGAAAGAUGAAAGCUUCCCCGCCUUACAUUUUCAUUUUCAUUUUGUGGUGAGACUUGAGAGCUUUUUGUCCUGAGAUUAUAACCAAAAUUAAUUAAGCAAGAAAAGAAAGAAGAAGAAAGAAUUGGAAAAUGGCAUUUAGUGGGACAAUACAGAAAUGUAAGGCAUGUGAUAAGACUGUUCAUUUCGUUGAAAUGAUUUCUGCUGAUGGAGUCCCUUUCCAUCGGUCCUGCUUUAGAUGCACCCAGUGCAAUGGGAAACUUGUGAUGAGUAGCUACUUUCAAUUGGAGGGAAAACUGUAUUGCAAGCCGCAUUUUGAUCAAAAGUUUAAGGAGAUGGGAGGCAUAUCCAGAGUACCAUCAGCAAACAAAGCAAGUGAAAUGGGAAAGAGCCCAAGCAAAAUGUCAACGAUGUUCAGUGGGACCCAAGAUAAAUGUGCAGUUUGUCAUAAAACUGUUUAUCCACUAGAAAAGGUAACCGUGGAGGGAGAAUUUUAUCAUAAGCAGUGCUUCAAAUGUGUACAAGGAGGGUGCAAACUGACACCGUCAAAUUACGCAGCUUUAGAUGGGAAUUUAUUUUGCAGGGCCCACUUUUCUCAGCUAUUUAAAGAGAAAGGUAAUUAUGCUCACCUCUCCAACACAGCCUCCAUGAAGAAGAACUCCGAAGCUGCUGGAAAAACAGUCGACUCUGCGGGAGGAGAGGCAGAACCAGAAACAUCUGAAUAAACUAACAUCGCAAUUUGCAUGCAAGAAAAUCAAGGGAAAGAAUUUUGUUGUUUACAUUAAUUAGUUAAUUAACUUUUAAUCUCAGUUUUGAUUUUUAAUUAAUUUGAUGGCAACACUUUUUUUGUUUAUUUGAAAAUAGAGAAUAUAUAAUAGUGUUUAGG